AUGCGAUAUCUGGGCUGCUGCUCCUGGCUGGGCAAUCCGCCGGGACAAGCUCUAGGCGUAGCGCUAGAUGUUGCCGGCGGCAUGGUCUUCAUGGCAGGGAGUAUGUCUGAACCGGACGAGGACCCAGACCUUUACAUGGCGGCGUUCGAGAUCGCCACGGGACAGGUUCUGUGGACCUGGACGCACGGCACCAUCUACAGCGACAUCCUAACCGAUCUCGUCUUCGACGAAGAGAACGGCGUGAUCUACGCCUGCGGCUACACCCGGGGGGACUUCUCCUACGCCCUGGACGCGGACCCCGCGCCGGAGGUCAAGCUGCAGGACAUGGUCGUCUUGGCUCUCGACCCGUCGACCCAGGAAACCAUCUGGCUCAAGACCUAUACCUCGGGCCCGCUGGUGGAUCGCGCGGACUUCGCCUUCACCAUCACCUUCGACAGAAACGGCGUGCUUCACGUAGGCGGAACCACCCGAGGGACAGGUUUCGACACGGACGGAUCAGCGGGAGAAGACGACCCUGACACCAGACCGAGGUUACUCAGCUCCCGUGGAUGCAACCCCAGCGCCAACAGUGGCUCCCUUUACCCCGGCACCCACCGCAGCACCUUUUACUCCAGCACCAACCGCAACUCCUACUACCCUGGCACCCACUGCAGCGCCUGUUACACCAGCGCCUACCACAGCUCCUUCCCCAGCACCCACUGCAUCCCUCUCUACCCUUGCACCCACUGCACCCCCCUCCACCCAAGCACCAACUACAACACCCGUUACUCCAGCGCCAACCGAAGCCCCUUCUACCCCAGCACCAACUUUGUCGCCUUCUUCCCCGCCACCCACUGCGGCUCCUUCUACCCCAUCACCCACCACAUCGCCCGUUACUCCAGCGCCAACCGCAGCUCCUUCCACCGCGGCACCAACUUCAGCGCCUUCUGCCCCGCCACCCACCGCGGCCCCGUCUACCCGAACACCCACUGCAGCCCCUUUGACCCCAGCACCCACUACUCCGGCACCAACCGCAGCUCCUGCCACCCCAGCACCCACUACAUCGCCUGUUACUCCAGCGCCAACCGCAGCUCCUUCGACCCCGGCACCCACUGCGGCGCCGGCACCAACGGCGGCUCCUGCUACUCCAGUACCGACAGCGGCGCCGGUUCGUCUGACGUUCCCCCCGACAUCUGCUCCUGUUCUGACGCCUUCUCCCACGACAAGGUCGCCCACACCGUCGCCCGUCACGCCGGCCCCCACUCCCUCUCCAGCCACCGCACCCCCGACAACGGCGCCCACUGCACCACCCUCUCCGGCUCCCGUGCCCCCGUCCCCUGCCCCGACGCCGUCACCGACAUCGCCAGACACCCCGGCACCUACGGGCCCGCCGGCUUUUCCCCGUUCCGAUGCCACGGUGCCCCCUACAACGCAAGGUCCCCCACUACCAACAGUGCCUCCUUCCGCUGCCACGGGGCCCCCGACGACGUCGGCUUCGCAGCCGAGGCCUACCCCCUCGCCCUCCGUCCCGGGCCCCCCGACGCCGUCACCCACUCGUCGAGCGAACAUUGCCGGGAUCGACGCCGGGGCCGGCGAUGA